AUGACAUCGCUCAUCGCCAUCGUCGAUCUCAAGGGCAAAUCGCUGAUUCAGCGUUCGUAUCGCGAUGACAUCUCGCCGUCCGCUGUCGAGAAGUUCCUCCCACUGCUGCUCGAUCUGGAAGAAGAAGCGGGCGGUAGCUCCGUCAGCCCAUGCUUCUCUUCCGAGGGUGUCAACUACAUGUUCAUCCGUCACAAUAACCUUUAUCUCGUCGCGCUCUCGCGGCGCAACUCGAACGCAGCUGAAGUGCUCAUCUUCCUGCACAAGCUCGCCUCGGUGCUCGAGGAAUACUUUAAGGAACUCGAAGAGGAAUCGAUCCGUGACAACUUUGUAAUCAUCUACGAGCUGCUCGACGAGAUGAUGGAUUUCGGCUAUCCUCAAACCACCGAAUCCAAGAUCUUGCAGGAGUACAUCACGCAGGAAUCGCACAAGCUCGAGGUGCAGGUGAGACCGCCCAUGGCAGUAACGAAUGCGGUCUCUUGGCGCUCAGAGGGCAUUCGGUAUCGCAAGAACGAGGUAUUUCUGGAUGUGGUCGAAUCGGUCAACCUGCUGGUCAGUGCAAAUGGAAACGUAGUUAGGAGCGAGAUCCUGGGUGCGAUCAAGAUGAAGUGUUACCUGUCCGGGAUGCCCGAACUGCGAUUGGGGUUGAACGACAAGGUGAUGUUCGAGAACACGGGCAGGGCUGCUCGGGGUAAAUCGAUCGAGAUGGAGGAUGUCAAGUUCCACCAGUGCGUGCGUCUCUCAAGAUUCGAAAACGAUCGAACCAUCUCGUUCAUUCCGCCGGAUGGCGAGUUUGAGCUGAUGAGCUAUCGACUCAGCACGCAGGUGAAACCGCUCAUCUGGGCAGAGGCCAUCAUCGAACGUCACGAGGGUAGCCGGAUAGAGUUUAUGGUCAAAGUCAAGGCUCAGUUCAAGAGAAGGUCGACGGCCAACAAUGUCGAGAUUCACAUUCCUGUUCCGGACGACGCCGAUACACCCAAGUUCAGAGCGGCAAUUGGAUCCGUGGUCUACGCCCCGGAAAAGUCGGCCAUGGUCUGGAAAAUCAAACAGCUCGGUGGCGGCAAAGAAUUCCUGAUGCGCGCUCACUUUGGCCUGCCGAGCGUCAAGAGCGAGGACACGGUCGACCGACGCACGCCGAUUAGCAUCAAGUUUGAGAUUCCUUACUUCACCGUCUCGGGCAUCCAGGUGCGAUACCUCAAGAUUGUCGAGAAAUCCGGCUAUCAGGCUCUACCUUGGGUUCGAUACAUUACGCAACACGGAGAAUACGACCUUCGUACGCAGAGCGAAAAGCCGUCGGCGAGAUUGGCUCCCUUUUCCGCCUGA